AAGCAAGCAAAGGUGCGGCAGAAAGCUGACAACUCCUUGUAAAUUGCACACCAUUAUGCUUUUUAGUUUUUAGCCCUUGCAGUUGCAGUUGCAAGAUUUCCUUCCAUUCUCAAAACAACCGGAGAAGUUAUUUAGUGAUGAAUUGAAGACUAUCGAGUACUACAGCUUGCUGAAUGCCAUGGAACUCUUGAAAAGUAAUAUGCCAAUGUGUCCUGUAGAUCAACAUUGCUCACAAUGGGCUAGGAAUUACAUGAAAUAUUGUCUUUGCACAAGGAAGGAUUGGAUUUCACUGAUAUUGGGAUUAAUUAGUGUUAUGAGUUGGGGUGUUGCAGAGGUACCUCAGAUCAUCACAAAUUACAAACAAAAAUCUUCAGAAGGCCUUGCUAUGUGUUUCCUUUUGACAUGGAUACUCGGAGAUCUUUUCAACGUCUUUGGUUGUUUGCUUGAACCAGCUACACUUCCAACACAGUAUUAUAUGGCAGUGUUGUACUUGGUGACUACCUUAGCUCUUACCUCCCAAGCACUUUACUAUGGUUACUUCUGUCAUCAAAAUACAUCCAAAAGACAAGAUCAUAAGAUUGAGUCAGCAGACAAGAAAAUAAAAUGCAACCUGGACGACUCAACAGCUCCUAUGCUAUCAAAACCCACUCCAAGUUUGCCAAUUCCAGCUGCUGAUUACGAUUCUGCCCCUGAGAGAGUAUACUACACCUCUGCUAGAUCUUUAACUAGAAGUCACACUCCUACGAAUUUCUUUCAAAGAGCAACUACCCCUGUAUCUAUAUCUACAUGUGAUCAGGGUUCUGUUCAAGAACCCUUGCUUUUGGGAAAGUCACAACCUAAGACUAUGCUAUGUGUGGUUUUCACUGUGGCAAUUUUCUUGUACACAUCGAAUCUCAAACUUGAAAGAAACAGUUACCUUGAUUCUACUUCUUCUGUAAAACCACAUGAAGGAUUUGUUAUUCAAGUGGGAAGAAAGCUUUUACAGGUAAGUGGCAGUUUAGUGGAAGGUAAUGAGGGGAGCUCUCAGAGUAUUGGAAUCGGUACCUUCCUUGGUUGGGGAAUGGCAGCUAUUUAUAUGGGUGGACGCCUCCCACAAAUUUUCUUAAAUAUAAGAAGGGGACAUGUUCAGGGUUUGAAUCCACUGAUGUUUGUCUUUGCACUUGUUGGGAACUCUACUUAUGUAGCAAGCAUACUUGUGAACAGCCUGGAAUGGUCAAAAAUACACCCGAAUCUUCCAUGGGUGGUGGAAGCAAGUGGAUGCGUGAUGCUUGAUACUUUUAUUCUAAUUCAGUUUAUCUACUUUCGCUAUCGGAAGAGUAGAAGUAUUGACACGAGGCAUAGGGAGUUGGAUCCAUGAUUGUUGACCAACAAAAGGAAGUAGAAAUUUGUUGUUUUGUUCACCACUCCUUUGAUUUAUUUCUUAUCUUAAUUUAAUAGAAAACAUUUCAUACAAAAUGUUUCAACGUGUAAUAUGCAUAUGGAGUGGAAAGUUGCAUGGUUGACGCUGUUUAACAUUGAGAUUCUUUUGUUUCAAAGUGGGCUCUAGUAAUGACAAAGAAUUUCAAACA